AUGGACUGGGAUUCAUUUGUGGAGAUGCAGAAAGCUUAUUACAUUGUCCUCUGUACCACGGGGAUACCAGCCAACCUCUUUGCUGCCUUCGUCAUCCUCACCCGCCCCUGCCACCUCUCCAAGACCACCACCAUCUACCUGGUAGCUCUGGCCUGUUCGGACACUCUGUCGCUGGUGUGGGCGGGGACUUUCAACCUCAGUCAGCUCUUCCUGGAUGCAGAUGACUUCUGGGGCUCAUCUUCGGGCUGCUGCUUGGCCAUCGUGCUGGAGUACGGCACAGUGUUGAGCUCCGUGUGGAUCAUUGUGGCGUUCACUGUGGAGCGAUACCUCGUGCUCUUCCAGGAGAGGGCCAGCCGGUGCUUUGCUCAGCCCAGAGUGGCCCGGGGAGCAGUGGCGGGGCUGAUCAGCCUCUCCUACCUGGCGUCCGUGAUGGCCUGCCUCCUGAGCGAGCACAGGCGCUCCUCAUUUCCCCCUGGGGAGGCCAACGUGACCGAGAGGCUAUGUUCCCUUUUCAGCAACACGAGCUUCGUCUCCCUGCUGUGGAUCCACACUUUCGUCUGCGGCCUGGUGCCCUACCUCCUCCUCAUUGCCUUCAACGCCCUCAUCGUGUACCAGCUCCACCUGCGCAGCCGCAUCCACCCGCCUCCAGGGGAGAGUGCAGCCGCUGCCCUGUGCCGCACCCAGCUGCGCCUGCAGAGAACCGCCCGCCUCUUGCUUACCAUCUCCCUGACGGCCGUGGCCCUGGGUCUUCCCCGUUUCCUGGUGUACUCAGCUGGCCUCGCUGGCCCGGGCACGGCGCCCCCUCUGGCCAUGCUGGCGGAGAUCUGCACCAUGCUGGAGGCACUGAACUCUGCCAUAAACUUCUGCCUCUUCUGUCUGGCCAGCACAGCCUUCCGGCAGGAAUGCACUGCGCUGGUGCGGGGCUGUGCUAUCCCCUCCAAACCUGCGCCCCAGCUGCAGGUGCCCUCUGACAUGGAGCUGCCAAAGAGCUGCAGCAGCUCCAAGGAGUGA